AUGCUAAAGAUUAUUAAAAGAAAUACUAAACAGGGACAGGGAGAUGAGGGUAAAAGCACUACUAGCCUAGACGACCCAGAGGAUGAAUUGGAAGACUUGGGAGGAACCUUGCCUUUAGCUUCAGAACACAGAUCAAUUAGUCGUUCGGUCUCGUUUGGUGAAUCGGUUUUGCGGCGCCAGAAAAAAGCCGCUGUAAUUCGUCAUCUUCUAUUUAUUUUUGCAUUAUUUGUGAUUUGGUGCGUAUACUCUAUAUGUCUAAUAACUAAUCGUGAGAAUAUCCAAAAUAGUCGAAUGUUAACUAUAGCACUGAAUGAAGUUCAAAAUUACCGGCUGGGUGUCACACGCGUACGCAAAAUUAUUGGUAUAAAUUUACUUGGGCCAUUUCAGCCUGAACAAGAUUUAUCAACGCUGCCAUCAAAGAAUGACCCUCAUCUAUGGAUGCAAGUAAUGUUAAAAGUUACUGGAAAGGUUACUAAAAUUUCCGAUCCAUGGGGUGUUGUUAUCAGAAAUCCAGGCAAACUGGAAUAUGUGAAAUCUACUUAUCAAGAGAAAGACAUUCAUUUAACGGAAGAUCUGUCAACGCUAUUACAAAGUGUGGAUGAAGAUCACGGAGUCUUUCUAAACAUGCAAACGAAUAUUGACAAACAUUUGGCUUUUAAAAUGUGGAUCGAUGAAUCACCUGUUGAUCAGAAAUUGGGCAUAGUUUUUGGCGGAGUGGUACUAAUUUUUCUUUAUAUCAUGAUUAUAUGGGAAUGCGUGAAUCGAACGUUUGCCUCAAUGAUAGCAUCGACCCUGGCUAUUGGAGUGUUAGCGGGCAUGGAUUCUAGGCCAGCGAUGGAUGAAAUUAUAAAAUGGAUCGAUUUAGAGACGUUGAUGCUGCUCUUUGGCAUGAUGGUUUUAGUCGCUAUUCUUUCAGAAUCCGGUGUGUUUGACUAUUUGGCUGUGUUCGCUUACCAGAUUGCCAAAGGUAAUCUAUGGAUUUUAAUUUAUGUUUUGUGCCUCUUCACAUCAGUGCUCUCGGCUUUUCUUGAUAACGUUACUAUGAUGCUGCUUGUUACUCCAGUGACUAUACGUUUAUGUGAAGUAACUAAUUUAAAUCCCGUACCAGUAUUGAUGGCCAUGAUAGUCUAUUCCAAUAUUGGUGCUGCCCUUACACCCGUUGGUGAUCCGCCUAAUAUUAUUAUUAUGACCAAUCAUUAUAUAAUUCAUGAUGGUGCGGCUAAUUUUGGGACUUUUAUUCUUCAUAUGUUGCCGGGUGUUAUAGUUGGGAUGCUCACCACAUUUGGCCACUUGCGCUUGAGAUAUCGCACUAUCAAGGAUUUCAUGAAUAAAGAAUCGGCCGAUAUAGAAGCUAUACGUCAUCAAAUACUAGUAUGGGAAAGAGCGGUUCAACAUGUUUCGCCAACCACCAUGGAUGAAGAAAUAGUGCAAAACACCUUAUUAAGAAAAGUCGAAGCUUUAAAAGCAAAACUCGAAGAAAUGCAAGCAAGUAAUCCAACCCACGUUGCCACCUAUGAAGAAACACUAGCUCAAAUGAAAGCUAGCUAUCCUAUACGUAAUAAGGUUUUACUUAUUAAGGCAACAGUAGCUUUCACGUUUGUGCUGUGCUUAUUCUUCUUGCACACGAUACCAGGCAUAAAACAUCUCUCGCUUGGCUGGAGUGCUUUGCUAGCCGCUUUGCUUUUAUUGAUUAUAGCCGACGAUCAGGAUAUGGACUCAGUUCUAAGCCGUGUAGAAUGGUCUACUUUACUGUUUUUUGCUUGUCUGUUUAUUAUGAUGGAAGCCCUCACAAAACUGGGUCUAAUCGGCGCCAUCGGCCAAAGUGUGGUGAACAUAAUUUUAUAUGUCCAUCCCCAGUAUCGUUUAUUGCUAGCCAUACUAAUAGUACUCUGGGUAACUGGCAUUGCUUCAGCCUUCCUGGACAAUAUACCAGUCACCACAAUGAUGGUUCGUAUUGUCAUAAAUUUAUCUCAGAAUGAAGAACUUGGAUUGCCUUUAACCCCUUUAGUGUGGGCUUUGGCGUUUGGUGCUUGUUUUGGUGGUAACGGCACUUUAAUUGGCGCUUCUGCCAAUGUGGUAGCUUCAGGUGUAUCUGAACAGCAUGGAUAUCGCUUUUCAUUUGUGCAAUUUUUCAUAUUCGCUUUUCCCAUAACCAUCAAUACCUUAGUUGUGGCCACUAUAUACUUGUUGAUAUCUCAUUGUGCGUUUACAUGGCAUUGA